UUCAAUUCCCUUCCCUCUCUAUAAAAUCUCUGUUUACCCUUUCCUUGUUAUACCUUACACCCCUAACCGUUUUCUCUUUAGUUUUUUUUUUUGUUUUUUGUUUUACUUGUUCGAAUUCGAGGAGCUUUAGUUAUACUACCUAUCUGCAGCUCGCUCAGGCGUUGUGGAAGUGAGAUCUGAAUGAAAAUGAAUCACUGUGCGGUUCAACAACAAAACGCCUUCGCAGCCUGUGAAGAGAUGAGGAGCUCUGUUUCCGUUUCGAUCUACGAUCGGAGAGAGACUGUGGUUUGUCCCAAACCUCGUCGUCUCGGUCUCCUCAAUACCGGCCUCAACGAUCAAUUCAGACCUUUGAGAUGGCAUAUGAGUUAUCAAUCGGAGCUGUGUGAAUCGAAAGCAGGAACAGAACUCCUGGACAUCAUCCUCACGAAGGGUGGUUAUGGUGCGGAACAUUCUUGUACACAGGUAGCCUCGUCGCCCCCAUUUUUUUGUGGGUCUCCGCCGAGUAGAGUAUCUAACCCAUUAAUUCAGGACGCUCGAUUUGGGGAUGACAAGUUCACCCCCAUCUCACCACGGUCGAUUCCUAUUCCCUCUGGCUCCGGGUUGUCUUCCUCAUCAGCUUCCUCCUCUAGGAAAGGGGGUUGUGUGAGGGCGAAUUUUGGGAACAACCCAGCCGUGAGGGUUGAGGGGUUCGAUUGCCUGGACAGGGAUAGGCGAAAUUGCAGCAUCCCUGCCCUGGCCUAGUGAACCCAAAUCUAAAACACUAAAAGUACUAUAUAGCAAACUGAAGCCGAAAGACAACAUGAGACAACAACAAUCUUGAUUUAGGGGGAGAUGAAUUUUGCACACUUCACUGAGGGGGAAGAAAGUUGGAUCCUUUUGUUGAUGUAAAUAUGUUUAAAAGGGUCGUCUUCUGUAAGUAAAUGUGUCUGUAAGUAAAGAGUUGUUAACCAAAUAAAUGGAGAGACAGAGGCUUAGGUUCUGUUGAUCCCUCUUAUGAUGUAAGUAGGUAUGAAGAGGGGUAUUUUUAAAAAAAUUAUUAACCAUUUUAGGGUCUAUGAAAAUGCAAAUCUUUUUAGUGGUCGGCUUUGUAAAGUGAAUUUGUAAAAAACCAAAAGUUGGUAUGAGUCAUCUUUAGUGGUGUCAGUGGUGACAUUUUAUCAUUGUAAAUAUAUGAUGAUCGUCAAGGUUUUAUUAUUGUCUUGUUAA